AUGACAACUUCAAGUGAAAAGAUUGAAGAAGAAAAGAGUUAUUUUGAUAAACGAAUUGGAUUUUUAAAAGAAGAACAAACAAUACUUACAUCAAUAUUUAAAAGUAUGAAAGAUCUUGGAGAACAUUUUCAGAGUUUACAAGAACUAUUUAUGAGUGAUGAAGCAAUGAGUAUCAUUGAUGAUGCUCAAUUAUCUGAAGUGAUCACUCGAACAGGAUUCUUAUCAGGAGAAGUACUAUCUUGUCAAACAAAACAAAAAUAUUAUUUAGACGAAGUAACAACAUUGUAUAAUGAUGUAAAGAAAGCGUCAAAAGAAGUUGGAAAAACUCUUAAUUCAGAAGAUACAGAAAAAAUAGAAAUUAAGAGCACUUCAAUAUUUAAAGCUAAAAAUAAUAUUCAACUUUCACCACAACUUGUUUUAAGUUUUCUUGAUACAUACAAACAUUUUUGUAUUGAUGGACAUGAUUUUUAUGAAAGAAAAAAAGAAGGAGAAUGGAGAAAAGUAUCAGUUAAAGAUAUUGUUUUAUAUAGAAACCAACCACUUCAAGAAAUAUUAAAGAAUGAAAAUAGAUCAUCAAAUUGUAUUCCUAUUGCUAUAGAACAAAUUAUUAAAGAGAUUAAAGAACGUGGAAUAGUUCAAGGAAUAUUUAGAGAAUGUGGAAAAGUUUCAGAAAUUGAAGAAAUAAUUAAUAGGAUGUCUGUUACUAAUUUUAAAUUAUUAGAACCAAAGGAAUUAUCUUCUCUACUUAAACGUUUUGUUAGAGACAUUCCAGGUGGACUUAUUGAUAUUGAAAUUCAAAAUAGUUUAAUUGAAAUUUGGGGAAUGAAAGAUAUUCAAAAGUCUACAAGAGUAAAACAAGUUUUUAUGUUACUUAAAAGUUUACCAGAAGAAAAUUAUACUCUAUUACACAAAAUUAUGGAACUUAAUUUUGAUAUUCAAUUGGAACAAAAAACUACUUUAAUGAAUGCUACUAAUUUGUCAAUUUGUUGGACUCCAGUAUUAUUUGAUAUGACAACUUUUUUAUUGAAAAUGAAAGAAGCAAAUGAAAUUGUAGAGGUUAUGAUAUUAGGUGGUAAACAAAUGUUUUAA